AUGUUGCCAUCUCCUCGUCUCCGGAUAAAUUCCUUGGAUUCUGAAAUAUCCAAUUUGAAAAAACCUCAAACGGCGACGCAAGAAUUAAUAUCUGGAUUUUUAAAGGUCGAAACGGAUAAUAUCUCACCCACCGCACCCGUGUCUUUGGAUUUUAUCCAUGCACUGAAACUUGGUAAGCUGGAUGAACCACAAUUAUCGGUUCGAUUACGAGGAAAUCGAGUCGAGUUGACGUCAUCAUUGGACGAAGAACAAGUGGAUUUUCUAGGACCGGCUGAAAAUAUCAAGAGAUUAUUUAAAUUACCCUAUUCGCAAUCAAGAAUAUCCUUGGCAGUACAUCGAGUUGGAUCGACAUUGGUCGUGGAUGGAGAAUUGGAUGAAAAUGAUCUUCCGAUUGGAUUUGAGGAUUUAUCACAAGAUACUUUACAAUUGGCACAUCAAUCGGAUGAAACGACGCAGAAAUUAUUGUAUGAAAAAUUCAUUUAUGAGAGCACAGUAAAAAGUUCGUUUCUCGAGUCGGAUAAAAAAGUGGAUCAAAGGAUGGAAGAAAAGAAGGAGAAACAAGAAGAGCACAAGAUGAAGAAAAAACAUGCCAAGAAAGCUAAAAAGACGAAAAAGAAGAAGAAGAACAUAGAAGCGUUCAAUGCUGCGGUGGGGAAUGAGAGACAGACUCCGAAUUGGAGUGAACAAAUUGCGUUGGUUACUACUAGUCAACAAGAUGAUGAUGAUGGUGAGAUGAGCGUACCCGUGCCGUCAUCUUCGGUACCUCACCAUCGUUCGUGGGCGACUGAAAAUGAGUCUCAUUGUAGUCGUGACACACAGCAAGAGGUCGAAUCGAGUCCUUCAAGCCGGCAAAAAUCGUGUCCUCCGUUCAUCCCGACAGGAACAAACUGGUUUGCGUCUGCAGCGCAGCAUUCACCAGCACAUGGAGACUCACAGACGUUCCAGCGCAUUUUGAAAUGGAAAUUCAACGAUCUUAACAUGAUGCUUGGUAGUCGAGUUCUUUUGUUCAGCAAUCAGGAACAUCCAGCCGUUUCUUUAAAACUGCACGAUAUGGACAAGGAAUUAUCUCUCUGCACUGUGCUGGACUAUUACUUGGACAACGUCAUUGCAAAUAUCCCGGAACUGGCGAUUUGCAUGCAUUCAAAAGGACUGGUCCGUGGCUACAAGCUCGUAAAGACACGACAAAUUCCGUACAUGUCAGGCUCUGGACGACCCUUGUUUGACGUCCAGGAUGUAAGUAUGAAUGCGUCAAUGCUGCUCAAGUUUCUUCAGGAGAACUGUUCCAGGCCAAAUGGCACGUACUGGUUGCAUCGAAAAGAAGGUGAAACAUCGUUACGGCUCUACGAUGUAGACGUGCUAUCCCAAGGAAGUCAGCUCAAGUGGAAAUACAUGAUGGCAAUGUUGUGCUAUCGGUUUGCAGCUCGGGCUUCAAGGCUAUCUAACUCACUAGCGGCAGGAACACCGCACCUGCAACAGCAGCUUCAGCAGCGCCAACGCGAAUUAUUGCGCACGUGUAUGAGUUUAUUGGGAGAAAUUGCCCUAAAGGGAGGGACGGCGCACAGCUCUAUUUGCUCGUCGGUCAGUGAACAGCUUGCUGAUACAUAUCUUCGUGAGUGCAACGAAUUUCAUUCUUCUAAUCCAGCAGAUUUGGCACCAGAAGACUCGGAUCGAGAGGCGGCAAUCGGGUCACUUGAGAAGGCGAAACAGUACUUGCUUGCGAGCAUCAUUUUGUUUGAAGAAUGCAUUCCGAAAGAUUCUGGUCCCGCGCUGACACACAGUGAAGAUGGAACGGAUGAGACUGCUGCAAUUGCAAGCGAGGGAGAACUAGCACCCGAAGACGAAGAUGGAGACAGCGAGAUGGGCAGUUUCAUGAAUGAAGAAUUGAGUCGACUUCAGCUGAAGUUCAGCUCUGCAUGCCUUGAGCUCGGACACGUAUACGUUAGCUGUCACAGGUGGAUUGACGCGGUGAAAUGUAUUGUUGAGGCAAGUCAAUUUUUAACUCUGAGCUCCAUUCCUGGUGAUGUGCAGCCAUUUGAGUUGACUUCGCGAGAGCAUGAAGCUGCGUUUGACUCCCUGCUUGAUAAGCUGGACUUUGAAGGUGUUGGAAGAGGAGGAUUCUCCCAAGACAAGAUCACGAUUUGUGUCUCUGAAGCUGAGCUCCGUUGCUCCUUGCUUGGCUUGAUUGGCGACAUAGCUACUCAAAGAACCGUGACCGUUUAUGGUGAAUUGAUCGCUCUGUACGAUAUCAUCUCGGGUGCCAAACGAGAUCAGCUCGCAAGUCUACGUGAUAAUGCAAGUGAGUUUAUGCAGACGUGCAAAGAAGAUGUUACGUCUUCCGAUAACCAGACGCUUGAAAGGAGAGAAGAGGGUCUGCUGAUGCUUUCUUUCCUGGCCUACUUACACGCACUAUCACCACCGGCGAACUCUGACCUGUUUUUCACGAUGAUGAGAAAACUAGGUAACGCAAGCAACGAGCUAGGCAAGUAUUUUCUUGCUGUGAAGUGCGACUACAAGGAAGCUUUCAGGUGGUUUGAGCGUGGGUGCAAGAUCUUCAGUGACAUCGAAGACGGAAUCAACGUAGCUCUGCUUCGGGCUAACCUCGCACACCUUCACAAAAUAUUUGCGCAAGGUAAAUCGGCGGACUCACGAGAAGAGCAUUAUCAAACUGCAAUUCAACUUUGUACAGAAGCUUUGCAGCUUUUGAAGCAAAGCAAUGCAGAUAAUGAUUUGAAGCGAAAAGUGAAAGGUGAAUUGGCGCUGACCUAUCUGGUAUGGGCGGUAGACCUGGCGAACAAUACAUCCUUUCUGGAUACUACAGGGCACUCUCCUACGAAAGCACGCGCAAAUGAAACGCUCACAAUGUUUAAUAAGGCGUUGACAUUGUACGCAGAGCUGAGUGACCAGAAACAAACGGCGUCUACCCACUACCAGAUUGCUUCGUUCUACAGUCGCAUGAUUUCCAGUACGUUGCAUACUGAGAGGAAGAGCGCACAAGUCGAUAAGUCUGAAGGAGCGUCAUCGACACUGACAAGCCGCAUGGAAAUUGCUAGGAGACAUUACGAAAAGGCUUUAAACUACUUUGGUGCUGUGGAAGUCGGCAAAACGUUUGUACUGAUCCAUCAAGAGCUAGCGGAUCUGCAUAUUCUUGGUGGUCAUUUCGAAAGCAUUGAACAUGCUUUGCUCAUACUGCUAAACACAUACGAAGCGUUUAACACCAACUCUACUACGGAUUCAAAGCUCGAGAUGGACGAAAUGACCUCACUUGCUCGCGACAUCGUGGCAAAGGUAAAGGCAGUGCUGCACCAGCUUAUUCGAUUAUGCUCUGGUGGACGCCUCAGCAGUGCCCACGCAAGGAACAAGAAGCUGGAAAUGUUCAAGAAGAUGUACAAGGAAGUGAUUUACAAUGAUGGAUAUAGCGCAGAGUGUAUUGUUUCGAUUCUGAGCACCUUACGGAGAAUGUACACACUGUAG